AUGGAUGAGGAUGACAGAGAUUCCAACGCGAGCUCCGAGAACGACCAAGAUGAGGUCAUGGAAGAUGUAGACGACGCCGAGGGUGACAUGGAACCCGAGGAGGAGGAUAACGAAGACGACCAGGAAGAGGGCGAUAGGGAAGAAACGGCCGACGAUGCGCACGACAAAGGCGAUGACGGAGCAACAGGGGACCCAAGACAAGCAUCUAGGGCCAACUCAGCCGGUGCUCGAGCAUCGCCAGAGGGAAAAGGCAAAUCACCACAGCCCUCGUACUCGAGUCUUUUCCCCAGUGUCCGACCCGAAGCAGUCAAUGCCAGACUCUACGAUAUCGUUCCUACCAUGGCUGCCCCUCAGGCGACGAGCAUCAAUGCUAUAGCCAUCACCCCCGAUCUUCGAUACUGGAUGACUGGGGGAUCCGACGGGUACAUUCGCAAAUACGAUGGACCGGGUACUAUAAACGGCAAACAACUUCUCACAGUGGCGCAAAGACACCCUUUUGUCGAUAGUGUCGUCAAGGCGGGGAUUUUGAUGUCAUACUGGGAGAAUGAAGAGCCUGGGCCCCCAAAUCCGAGAGGCAACGAAGAACAUGUUCUAUCCCCAGUCUACUCGUUGGCCGUACACUCCCAAGCAUUGUGGCUCUUGUCUGGACUUGAAUCUGGUGGCAUUAACCUCCAGAGUGUACGCCAUGAUGAGGGAAAGCGCAUAACGUGUCUUCAACAACACACUAAUGCUGUGAGCGUUUUGUCACUAGCGCAGGACGAGAAGAGUGUGCUCAGUGGCAGUUGGGACAAAAACAUUUUCGACUGGGAUCUGAAUGUCGGGACUGUGAAGCGUACUUUCGAUGGCAGUGGAGGUCAGAUAUCUGCCAUCGAACUACGACCGGUCAAUGGAGCGCCGAUUCCAGCGGACGCGAUGGAAGAUGACAUUAAGCUCGACACAACUUUCAGCUCGAAUAACGGAAAACCCGCAAAAAAGAACAUAACUGGUGGCAGCGUAAACGGUGUAGAUAGUCAGGCACCCGCUGUAUCUGGUGAAGCCGAUGAGGGACAGGCGUCUCCAGCGCAUGAGUCGCUUUUUGGCGGCAGUGAUACUGGGUCGUUAUUCGGCGAAAAUGUCGGCGGGAACUACGGGGCGGAUGAUGAUGAUGAGUUCUCGAGGGCCAUGGGCGACAUGGGCAUGCCGCCGCUGCAUGACGGCUCAGGCCAGGACGGAGGCAUGGAUCAUUCCGCCGAUAUCGACAUGACCAUUGCCUUCAGUACUGAUGCAACAUCUGCCCCUGCAGUCCAGCCGUCAGGCACAGGCAGCCCGGAGGCGUCGAGGCAUCACGCCGCUUCCCAAGGUGCUGACACUAAUGCAUUGGACGGACAACCGACGCAAGAUGUCACGAAUGAUAUUGCUGCACAGGCUGGUACGUCAAGCCUGGAUGACGCAGCAGCAAUUGACGCGCAGCUAUCAGAACCCGCUCCGGGAUCACCUUCCAUGGUCUUUGCAUCAGAUCCGCCACCUCCACCUAUGGAUCCCACUCAAUCUGCCGACACCGUCUUCUUCUCUGCAGCAAUAGAUGGUCCAAUCCGACUGUGGGACCGGCGGGUUCAGGAUCCCGUGGCAAGGAUAGGUAAUCAGCGCAGUGUUCCUCCUUGGUGCAUGGGAGCAUGCUGGAGCCCUGAUGGUAACUGGAUAUACGCUGGCAGGCGUAAUGGAACAGUGGAGGAAUACAGCAUACACAAGGCCAGAAGCGGUUGGGCGCCAGAGCGAUCCCUGAAGUUUCCAGCUGGUAGUGGAGCUGUGAGCGCUGUGAGGAUGAUGCCAAACGGACGGCAUUUGGUCUGUGCGUCUCAUGAUAUUCUUCGCUUAUAUGAUCUUAGAGACACGAGGGCAUUCAAGCACUCGACUGUUCCCUUCUUGAUUAUCCCCGGACCUCCAAGGGCUGGUGUCAUCUCGUCUCUAUACAUCGAUCGGACCUGCCGCUUUAUGUUGACGGCCGCUGGGACCCGUGGUUGGGAGGGCACAAGCACGGAAGUGUUGAUUGGCUAUGAGAUUGGAGUGACCGAAGAAAAAUGA